AUGGAGAGCUCAGGUGCAAGGAUUGUCCUGAGAGACUCAUGCCGUCUGCUUGGAUGUUGCACGCUUCUUCUCGUUGCCGUGAUGUUGGUGGGCUUCACGGUGACAUCCAGAACACCUGUGGCAGUGGAGCUCCCAUCCAACAUGUCCAGAAGAAGCCUCAAUCAACUUCCAAUAAGAACACGUUCACCUCCUGCCUUAUCUUCAUCUUCAUCUUCCGAAUCACCUCAACGUUCUGAAAGAACCAGUCAUCCAGUUCACACGCCAUUUGGUGCCAAACAUCCCAUGUCCUCUGAUCACCAUAACAGUGCCUCCAGCAUAGAUACAACUCCUUCACUUGGCUCCGAAGGAUCGGGUAACCUAGGAGAUGGGGCUCAGGGCAUUCACCUGCUGUUACGCCCACCAGACCUUCUAACACCCAGUCAGAUGCCUCCUAUCCGUGCGGACAGAGCACCACCUACUCCAGCCCCUCCCACCCGGGUGACACCUGAAGACCUGUAUCCCGUUCAUUCUGCUGAGAUGGAUUGGGGUUCUGGGGACUAUUUGGAAACUCUUACAUUCAUGGGAUCCGAAGGGGAGGAGUUUUCUCUGGUAACCACCCUCCCUACGCAUGGAUACGAUCCGUAUGAUGCUUACGAUGAUACUACAGGCAGCUACAACACAGCGUUCCCCUCUCGUCCCAUCUUGCCUCUUUCCUCUAGAGACCUCCAACCUAGCAGGACAGUAAAAUAUGUGACUGACUUAAGGACUGCCCACCCCACUGAUCCUCGCCUCCCAUUGGCUCCUGACUACGCCAACUCACACGAUAUGAAUGAUGACCUGGAUUUUGAUUGGGCGGAGCUUUUUCCGAUUGAGCCAACUGAAAUGCUGCUUCCUGACAUGAACAGUAUGGAGUACUACAACACAUUGCAAGCCAAAGAGAAUGCUAGUAUUGCGAGAAAUAGGACGCAUCACGCCCACCCUCACAUUACCCCAACCCACACUACUGUGGGAGCCACACACACACCCACUGCCACUUUGGGAAAAGUCCCGGAUCAUACUACUCCUCAACCCGGUCCACCAGUUACCCCAACUACACCCCAAAAACCUACUAAGCCCCCAUCAACAACUUCCACCGAUACCCAACGACCCCCUGAAGUCCGCUUGACACCUGAGAAAGGUGUUCCUUCCAUACCCACUCAUGUGGGUAAAACCCGCCCAGUGCCGACCUCCCCGCCUCCACCUGGCACCUCAGAGGGUCCAGUAAUACAAGCUGUCACACUGAAGCCCCCAACUGCUACAAAACCACGUACUACUGCCAGAACUACAACUACAGUUAAAACCACGACUACCAUGAGCCCCACCAGCCUCUCCACCAAAAGUCCAAGCUCUACAACCCCCAGAAUUCCUCUGUCCAUUGCACCCCGACAGUAUGUUUGCAACAUCACCAAACCAGACAUGUACCUUGUCAGAGUGGGUAUGCCCAGUGGUUCAUCAGUGGCAUUUGCCAAAGCUCAUGUGCGGGAGAUUCUUAGACGAGAGUUCAACCGAUCUGUAGAGCUACAGGUCCUCAAGGCCCCGCCCAAUUUUAUCUUCCGGGCAGUGUCUGGUCCACUGGUGUACACUGCUGUGUCAGUCAUCAAUGCUCUCCGCCAAUCAGCACACAGCACUUCCUCCUCCACCAUUCUAUCUAUCACACCCAUAUAUGCAGUGCCAGAUUAUAAACAUCAGGUUCACACAGUGCUACAGUUUGUACCGAGUCAUGUGGACGUGCGUCUGUGCAGCUUCAGUGAGCGUGUGGAGAAGGGGCUGCUCAUGGCAUACGCGGAAGUGCGCAAGCGUUUGCAGGAAAAUGGAAACUUCACGGUUUAUAUUGUGAAUAUCACUAGCAGCCUUCCUAAAGGCCAGCGUCAGCAGAAGGCACCGGUGGACAUCACCUUUGCUGUGCGUGAUUCCCAAGGAUUCCUGACAGGAUCAGAUAUCAGUGGCCACAUGAGGCAGCUCAGCGCAGUGGAGUUCAGCUUCUACCUCGGUUUUCCUACCCUGCAAAUUGCUGAACCUUUUCACUAUCCCGAACUGAAUGUGUCCCAUCUGUUACGUGCAUCCUGGGUGAAAACAGUGUUGCUGGGUGUGUUGGAUCAGCGCGUGAAUGAAAGGACCUUUCAGGCCAAGAUGGAGAGGCGAUUGGCCCUGCUGGUUGGAGAAGGAGUUGGACAUGGGACUGGCAAUCGACGAUGGAGAAGAGCCACUAUUAUUGGCAACAACAGUGUACAGAUCGUGCGGACAUCUCGUAUGGAUGGGCCGGAGUACCCUCUGGAGAUGGUGUAUUUUGUGGAGGCGGGGUCAGAGAGACUGCCAGCUCAGGUCACUGCGGCCAUGCUCAAUAGGCUCAACCUUCAGAGAGCUGCUAUUGUACUGGGCUACCGGGUACAUGGAAUUCUGGCUACACCGGUGGAAAAGCUUGCUCUGCCACCCUCUGAGACUCAGCCUAGUAAUGUUUGGCUGAUCGUGGGGGUUGUGGUUCCAGUGCUGGUGGUCAUCCUCAUCAUCAUCAUCCUCUACUGGAAGCUCUGCCGCUCAGAGAAGCUGGAGUUCCAGCCAGACACCAUGAGCACCAUCCAGCAGAGACAGAAGGUGCUCACUCAUAGACACUACAUGUAAAGGAGGCUUGUGUCUGCAUGUGCUCAUUUUACUCACCUGUGUCAAGGGCAUUUUCAAAAACUGCAGCCUCCAAGCGUAAAAGGCUUUGAUUUUGCUAAGCUUCACCUGGGCCAGCACAGUAAGGAUGACAUCAUGGUAAUUCAAGAGCCCGCCCCUCUACCGCCUUCUGUUAAAGAAGCCACGCCCUCCGAGGGCGGGGAAUUGAACACACCCAAAUCAAAGAGCUCGUCCACAAAAGCAUCACGCGCAGCACGGAGGAGGGGCAGAUUGUCUCCGUCUGAUGGAGAUUCAUUAGGAAGUGAAGCAUCCAGUGGCAGAGAAUCAGCCGAGGAGAGCACCAGACCUGCAGUGACACCAAGUGACAGUAAACCCCAACAUCGCAAGAGCAAACAUGCAAAAAACAAACUUGGUGGUCAUCCUGGCAGUGGUGCAGAUGAGCAGUUGUCCUCCUCAUCCAUAUUUGAGCAUGUGGACCGUCUCUCCAGAGGCUCAUCCGAUGGAACACGCAAAGUGUCCAAUAAGAUUCAGCUUAUAGCCAUGCAGCCCAUGCCGAGCCCAUCCCCUCAUUCACAUAACCAAGCCCUGAGUCCCAACCUAGCGGAGAAGAUGCCUGAAGAAACAAAGGUCAACUCUGAGAUCCAGGUGUCCUUGAGGCAUAAAUCUGAGAUAGAACAUCAUCGUAAUAAAAUUCGCCUGCGUGCCAAGAGGAAGGGCCACUAUGAAUUCCCUUCCAUGGAGGACAUCAUGGCUGCAUUUGGCGACAGCUCCGAGCAGCAGCGAGUGUAUCAACAAGCUCAGGAGCAGAUACACAAGAUUUUGCACCCAGGAGAACACACACACUCAUCAUGUGGAGAGCACCGCAAGAGGUCCAGAGGUCGACACUCUCCCAGACAUAGUCAGAGACAGAAUCUGGGUGGUAGCGGAAAUCUAAGAGACAAAGAUUGCCUCAUUUCAGAUGGGGACGCCACAUACAGGAAGUACCCAGGGGUCAACAAUGUAGCAUAUGUGUCUGAUGCAGACCAGCUCCCAGAUGCAGGUAGCCCCUCCCCCACCGAUGAAGUGUUUUUAGACCCUGGAUCUCCGCCUUCUGGCCCCGCACCUGCCCCACCCACUUACGUCCCACCUCAUCCAACCAUCGAAGAAGCCCGGCAGCAGAUGCACUCCUUAUUGGAUGAUGCCUUUGCGCUUGUUUCGCCCUCUUCUCAAGGAAGCAACGCCCCUUUGACGUUCACAGGAGUUACUGCAGUCACUGGAGUUGGAGAAGUCAGCCCUGGUCUACCUUCUAGCCCGUCCUCACGGCCCUCACGCCAGUGGGGUUGUUCGUCUUCUCCCGCUGCCCCUGCACACAGUCCUUUCUCAGCGAGGUAUGCCGAGUUAGGACUGUCUCCCAUGUCAGUUCAAGGUUUGCUUCAGAGGCAGGCGCACAGCUCUGGGUAUCUUGCGUCAGGAGAGAUGCAGUCAGAUCCUGGGUAUUCCAGCAGGGAGCAGUAUGGAGAGGAGCUUCCAUUGUCUUCUAGGCCACGACCUUUAGGGGGCAGCACAGGUGCACAGUUGCAUCAGCUAACACAGGUGGGUUUGUCAAGUCGAAUUGGACUGUAUCCUGGUGUUGGCCGUAGUGUAUCGGGACCGUCAGGAUCAAGCUGGGCCCAGUACCGCUCAGAUGAAGAGAUCUCUAGACCAGGGUCCAACAGAGAUGCUAUUUUGACAUUCCCAGAGUAUUCCUCACCUGUAUUCCAGAUGCCCAGGACAGCCCUCCAGGAUCCAUCGACACCCCAGGCCCACCUGGAACCCUCUACCGCUGGGUACAUUGCCCCUGAGGAGCAUUCUCUACCCCCUCACUCCUCCGCCUCCCUCAUAAAGGCGAUCAGGGAGGAACUUCAGAGACUUUCUCAGAAACAAACAGCUGUUGCCAGCUACCACAGUUGAGAUAAACCCAAACCCCAGUCGUGGGUAACUUGCUUUUGCAUCUGUUAGCUGUGAUGUACCCCUGAAACAUCCAGAAUCACAAAUUCUAAUAAGGCUCCAUAAAUGAGAAGCUGCUUUACAUGAACCGAAACCAAAAUCGUAUGCCGGAAACAUACAUUUUGUGAGUACAUUAACGUAGAUGCGAAAGUUUGGCCAAAUUGUUGUCAUUGAACAUAAUUGCGUGCGCUCUUGCGUUGCUGUGCCAGAGACAAUGUCGACUUAAACUCAUUCUUUAAACUGGUGGUCCACCAUGGAUAACAGUAGUGUCCCUUGUGGCAACCCUGAGAAUGAAUUGCGGUAAGGGUGCCUACACACUAGGGAAAGCUCAGACGGAGUGUUUGACGCAUGUUUGAGUUUGUCCGCCUUUCUUUUUUUUUAUUUCAUAGCGCAGCUAUUCCCACCUUUCCAAGAUUUUCCUAGGUCAACGCAUGCUUUCAACUUUUGGUCGCAUGAUGGAGUUUUCACUGUCAAAAAACCCUUGCGUUUUCCCUCUCCGUUCUUCUGACGCACCAUCCCCAUUGAAAUCAAUUCAUUCGUAGCGUUCUCUGACGCUGUGUAAACUCUAGUGUGUAGGCACCCUAAGAAUUACCACCUGAUACAUUUUGCAAUGCAACAAUGCACAAAAAUUGAGCUUGUGGUAGAAGCGAUUGUGUUCUUGUGUAGAGCAUGUUUCAGGCCUACAAAUUGAAGUACGGCUGGUCUGUUACACAUGAAGAAAUGCCACAAAUCUUCCAUACUAUCAUAGCCAAUACAUCCACAAUUAAAAUUUUACUGCUGAUAUGCAGAAAAUGAACUUCAAGACUCUCUCUUAUAUUUCACCAAAAAACUGACAUCUCUCGUAACAAUGACUUGUUCAUACUGUUUAGAAAAUAGACAACGUUGCCCCAUAUUCAGACUCUCAAUAUGCAUGCUGAGAGCUGUGAACUCUCCAUACUUAUUGCUGACUUUUGAUAAUGUGAAAAUCCCUCCCUUUCAAUUCCAUGUCUGUCAAAGUGCUUCCUUCAAAUGGAUCAUCCUUGUCUCUCCGAACUUCCUCUGGUGCUAAAAAUCAUUUCUUGCCUCCACCCCGAAAACUACAAAGUGGCAUCUUUACCUCUCGCCUUUUGUUCUCUCGCCUCUUCCCUGUUCUCCCAUUUAUUCAAGAUGGCUGAUCAAGUUAAAACAUGUUCUCUGUUCCAAACCCUAGUGAGCUGCCUACAGAGGCAGUAUUUUAAGGCAUCAUAUGCAUGCUACCAACACCUUGCUUUAGCCACAUUCUAAGGCAGCAUCACAUGUGUCCUUGGCUGAGAAGACAAUUGCAGAAUGCAUUGCUAUGAUUGUGAAAGAAGUUUCCCACACGUAGACGGCAUUCCACGUGCCGUCUCUACGCCUGGCUGGCGAUUAUGUAAAUUAUGCUCACACCUGAAAAUCACUGGAAAAAUCAGCUAGUGUGGCUUCGCUUGACAUACCAUCUAAAAAAAUUUUGUUCACCUGCACAAUGGUCAAAGACGUCUGCCUAGUGCUUGUUUACAUAGCAAAUCCAUUGAAAAUGGAACAGCACCAAUGGACGGAACAAGUGUUCGGUAUGAACAGCCCCCUAGAAUACAGCUGCCUAUACAAGCAGUAGGUAGCAUGGCAGCUCACUAGGUUGUGGAACAUGGUCUUGUCAUAGUUUUGCCUUACAUUUGAGCUCUGGGUACUUUAGACUCUGCAGGGGAUGGAAGGAGAGUUUUGAAUGUGUUGAGAAAUUGCUCUCUGUUAGUGAUCUGUGAGCUUUUGUGCUUGCUUGUGUGUUUUUGAACUGGAACUGUUCAACAAGUGGCCUCAACUGCCUCCAGAGAAAAUAUCUGGCCUGCUGCCAGCAUUGUUCCCAUCCUGAUAACAUCAUUGCCAUGUCUAUCAUUACCUCCUUAUGUCUACAUCAAAGGAGAGAUAUCAGAGGUAUCAAAGCAAGCAUUCAUGAUACCAGUGUGUAUUAAUUUGAGCUCUUUAUGCUAGUGAUUUAUGAAUGUGUGAUGUCCAAUCGGUUUGGUGUCUUUUUCAAGUAUGUCUGGAGAAUUUUCUCCAGUUUACAGAUUUAUACAUUUUUGCACAUGUUCAUCUUUGCACAUUGAUCAUGUUUAUGAUGGAAGUCAAUCAGUUCAAGAGUUUAUUGUGGAAUAGAGAGAAAAAUAUAUACAUAUAUAAAGAAAGAUAAAAGUUCAUAUUAUAAACAAAUCAUCAAUCACACAUCAAUAUCCAAUAUAUAUUUAUAUAUAUAUAUAUAUACACACACUGGCAGCAAAAAUGUUUGAAUAAUGUACAGAUUUUGCUCUUAUGGAAAGAAAUUGGAUAUUUUCUUUGCCAAAGUGUCAUUCAACUGACCUAAAUGUGUAGUCAGGACAUUAAUAAUGUGAAAAAUUACUAUUACAAUUGGGAAAAAGUGAUCAGAACUUCUUAAACUACUUCAAAGAGUUCUCAUUAAAAAAUCCUCCAUGUGCAGCAAUAACAGCUUUGCAGAUCUUUGGCAUUCUGUCAUUUUGUCCAGACACUCGGUGACAUUUCACCCCACACUUCCUGCAGCACUUGUCAUAGAUGUGUCUGUCUUGUCGGGCACUUCUCACACACCUUACAUUCCAGCUGAUCCCACAAAAGCUCAGUGGGGUUAAGAUCCAUAACACACUUUUCCAAUUAUAUGUUGUCCAAUGUCUGUUUCUUUGCCCACUCUAACCUUUUCAUUUUGUUUUUCUGUUUCAAAAGUGGCUUUUUCUUUGCAAUUCUUCCCAUAAGGCCUGCACCCCUGAGUCUUCUCUUUACUGUUGUACAUGAAACUGGUGUUGAAGCUGUCAGCUGAAGACAUGUGAGGUGUCUCUUUCUCAAACUAGAGACUCUGAUGUACUUAUCCUCUUGUUUAGUUGUACAUCUGGACUUCCACAUCUCAUUCUGUUCUUGUUAGAGCCAGUUGUGCUUUGUCUUUGAAGACUGUAUAGUACACCUUUGUAUGAAAUCUUCAGUUUCUUUGGCAAUUUCAAGCAUUGUAUAAACCUUCAUUCCUCAAUGAUAAUGAUUAACAAUGAUUGACUGAUGCGUUUCUAGAGAAUGCUGUUUCUUUUUUUUGCCAUUUUUAAGACAUGCCAGUCUGUUGCAUAUGGUGGCAACUCAAAAACAAACACAAAGACAAUGUUAAGCUUCAUUUAAUGAACCAAAUAUCUUUCAACUGUGUUUGAUAUAAUGGCAAGUGAUCUUUCCAAAUUAGCAAGUUAGCAUGAUUACUCAAGGAUAAGGUGUUGGAGUGAUGGCUGCUGGAAAUGGAGUCUGUCUAGAUUUGAUCAGAUCUUUUUUCAAAUAGUGAUGGUGUUGUUAUUUACAUCAGUAAUGUCCUGUCUGUGCUUUGUGAUCAGUUGAAUGCCACUUUGGCAAAUUAAAGUACCAAUUUCCUUCCGAAACAGCAAAAUCUGUACAUUGUUCCAAACUUUUGGUCGCCAAUGUAUAUAUAUAUAUAUAUAUAUAUAUAUAUAUAUAUAUAUAUAUAUAUAUAUAUAUUGCAUAUUGAUAUAUUGACCCAUUUAGCAAAAUCUGAUUACUGUAUAUGUUAGAUUAUAUGUUAACCAUAUUAGAUUGGGUUUAUUUUUUAUUGUUAUAAAAGUACUAUGUAUUAAAGAUGUUGGGAAAGUGUUGCUAUGGGACAUUUAAAAAAAGACCAAAUCACUGUUGAGGCAUAUAAUUCCUUUAGCUUCGUAAUUCAGUAGGCACUCUAAAUGUGUUUUCAUGUAUAUGGUCUUGUGGAUUUGCACAGAAGUAUUGUAAAGAUUGCUUUAAGGUCAUGUGCUAAAAGGUUAAAAGAUUUAAAAGCCUUGUUUAAAUUUGUUGAGUGAGUGUUUACAUUUUUCUUUCUCUUUUUUCUUCUUUACUAAUUCUCUUUUCUGUUUUCCUCUUCUUAACAUUUUUCUUAGUUAUUUCCCCCUGUGUUCAUGUCUUUUUUUGGUUUAUAUUUAUUUCCUUCCUUUCUUUCGUUCAAGGCCUUAAAUCAGGAUGCAUGUGAAGUGAUGAAUUAAGCUUUAGUUCUUCAGUUUAUUUUGUGAGUUAAUAUCUUGAUGGGCAUGAUUAUAGUCUUUAAGAAAUAUUGAAAAUCUCCAUAGAAUGUAGCUGAAUAUGAGAGACUACUAUGUAAUGGUUCAUGAGACUAAACAAAGCAAAGCACAGAGAAACCGUCUUGAUCAUCACUGAAAAAAAUAACAUUUUAAGUAUUUUGCCAUUUAUAAACCUGAAUAAUAUUUUUGAAAGUAUUUGACUAUCAAUAGUUAUGAGUACAAUAUAUCAUAUAGAGUAUGAAUAUGUAAAUGGAAUUUAAAUAUUCAGUAUGUAGUCCACAGAUGACCAAUAAGAGGCAAGCAUCAUUGGUAGACGCCCCCUUGGUAGAUUGUACAAAGACCAACUGGGAAUAUUUUCAUUCGUUUGUUGGCAUUAUUUGUUUGCUUCUAUUUUAAUCUUGCAGAUUCCUUAAUUACAACUGUACGCAUUCAUAAAAAAAAUUAUGUUGAGGGGAUAUAUGUUAGAUUUACAGUCACUAAUAAUUCACAGUUAACAUGGUGCUACUUAACAUACGUGUGUGUGUGUGAGAGAGAGAAUAUACCUCCCCGUGUCCCUAUGAGGACGACAUUAGAAUGUAAAAUAACUCUAAUUUUAAACUACAUUUUAUUAUUCACUUUUUCAUUGACAUCAUAUUUGCGAUCCCAUCAUGAAGGGAUACAUUUCUCAUUAUAUCUAUCAUUCUUUAUUGUUUCUUUCUCUCUUGGUCUCUGCAAACUGCAUCCCAAUAGUUGAUGUUUAAUAUCUCUAUAUUGUCGUGUAUAUUAAAUAAUAAACAAUGU